GUGCAGUUGACAGGAAAAUCCAUAGGAAAAGUAGAAGAAAAUGGGAUUACAGAAGAUUUCAACUCCAUACAAACAAGUAAUAGAAGCAAGCAAGUAGACAUUGAGCUACUGUUUUUCUUUCCAUGGCUGCAACUAUUUCGCUCUCUUUCUCUUUAGAUCCACAGCGGUACCACCACCACCGCCACUGCCAUCUCUUCUCCGUCACCCACCACUUCAAACCCCACCAAAACCUUCCCGUCACUCCCUCUACCUCCUCAACUGUUCUCCCCAAGUACUCACUUUCUAUUUUCCCCAAGUCAGACCGUUUCGCCUUCAAAUCCUCCUCCUCCCCAUCUCAUUCUCCCACCACCACCACCGCCACCACCACCACUACUGAUUCCGAUACUACUACUUCAACAACUUCGUCAUUUCUCGAAUACCCUCUUAGAACAGGUAAGUUUCUGAGCAGUGAAGAGCUCGAGCAGCUCAAACGCCUCGAGGAUUUCAGGUACUACCAGGAAUUGGAAUCUGGGUCGAUGUGGGUUCGGGUGAUGAGGCCGGAGGAGUUGGACAUCACCGUCGGGUUGCUCGCCGAGUCGUUCGCGGAGUCGAUGCUUUUGCCUUCUGGGUAUGUGUCUGUGCUGGGCUACUUGGUCAAGCAGUACUUGUUUGAAAGAAUGGAGCUUCUUCCCAACACCGCCACGCUCAUCGCGUUUUACAGAAGAAGAAAAGAAGAGGGCAAAGAAGAAGAAGAAGAACAACUGGAAGAAGUAGAAGAAGAAGAUGAAGUUGAGCUUUUGGCGGGGACGGUGGAAGUUUGCUUUAACAAAAAGGGUGCCGUUGCCUCGCCUCCUACACCAACUCCUCCCAAGAAUUCGCCUUAUAUUAGUAACAUGGCGGUGAAAAAAUCGCUUCGGAGGAGGGGCAUCGGAUGGCAUCUUUUGAAGGCAAGCGAGGAACUAAUCUCGCAGAUGAGUUCCUCAAGAGAGGUGUACUUGCAUUGCAGGAUGAUUGAUACAGCUCCAUUCAACAUGUAUAAAAAAGCAGGAUACGACAUUGUAGAGACGAAUACCAUUUUGGUUUUGUUGCUGUUGCAGAGGCGCAAGCACUUAAUGUGCAAGAAACUUCCAGUGUUAACCAACUUUUCAGAAUCGGAUACAUUCUGUUCUGAAGAGGAAUUAACACGAUGAGUGUUUAUGUGAAAAUCAUAAUAUGUGUCUCUGAGGAUAGAUGAUUAAAGGCCUUGAGGUUGUCAAGAUUAUCCAGCUGGGUUGUCUUUUGCGUAGAAUGCUUGAUCCUAUGUGCCGAUUGCUUGCAUUUUGUAAUGUGUAUGGUAGAGACUUGGUUUGUUGCAGGUAAUCUCAUCAGUCAUUUCUAUUUGUUGUAUGUUGUAUGUAGUCCUAGGGACCUAGACUUCUAACCUUAAUGCAAACAUAUAGUUCAAUGACCAUAUCCACUCUCGUUUUGGUACAUGUGAGUUAGAUAUUGAAGGAUUCAAGUAAAUAGAGUAGGGAACUAUAGAGAUAUAUGAAACAGUAGUAUUAUUCUUUC